CCCGGCGUGACUCUAAACGCUUUCAUUCCAAUAAAGCCGCUCAAAUAACGCGCACGAGCUGGGCCGCGCGUGUCUAACUCUGCGGCUUUAAAACAGAUUGUAGGCUAACUGCUACAGCGCCCCGUUGUUCUCGCUGAGGAUGUUGGCUACAAAAGGAGGCAGGCAGUGGCGCACAAGUCCCGCCUGUAUUUCCCUCCGGAGGAGUCUCGGUAUCGGCGCCCCCGACUGGGGAUUGGAGCGGCGACUUGUCAGUAAAUUAGCCCACCCUUCACAUAGUGUUUGUGAGGGAAAGCGAGACAGUGACGGUCUGAUCCCUCGCUUAUCAGCUGCCUGUCACACCAGCGCGCUACGAUACCGACCCGCAGCCAUCCGCCGCGCUGUGACACCUGGCCGGUAUGGAGGGAGAGAUGCAGCCCGCAGAUGAAGGGCCGUGCGCCCCGAAGAUGUGCCGACAGCAGCGGGGUCCGUACAGCACCCUAAAAACCUUCCAGAGCAAGCGCUCUGCGGGCAAGUCGCGCUUUGACCGGUCCGCUGUGGUCGAGAUGCCCCUGUUCGGAGACGGGCAUCAUUUCACUUUUCACCCAGAACAGCCUCAUCCUUUCCAGCCGCACCAUCAUCAGCAACAGCGUCCGCAGCAGCUCCACCAACCCGGCGUUUCUAUCAGCAGCAGCCAGCAGCAUCACCAGACGACUCAGCAGCAGCAGCAGCGUUUCCCAUGUGAGACCAGGCCCAGCAGCAGGGUUCCGACAUCCACCUCAGCGGCAGCAUCUCUCGGCAGCCAGCAGCGGCACGCCAGCAGCGGCGGAGCAGAGCCCAGGUUUUCUCCGGACUGCACCUACGGUAUCAGCACAGAGAACCGGCUCAUCUUAGAUGCCUUCGCCCAGCAGUGCAGCCGAGUCCUCAGCCUCCUCAACAACGGGCGUCUCCUGGAGCCCUCCUCCUCCUCCUCCAUCACCUCUAACAUUAAGCUGGAAGACGGGCCAGGGGACACUCAGGGGCUUCAUUGCUCCUCACAGGGGAAGUCUAAAUCCGAGGAGAGCUCUUCCACCACAGACCCUGAGGAGGAGGCUCAACAAAGCCAUUUGAACCAACACCAGACCUCUGCAGUUCUCCGCAUCUUCACAGACUCCCUACAGAACUAUCUGCUCUCAGGACCUCAGCAGCAGCAACAUCUGUCUGCUAGUCUGGAGGACGAGCAGUGCCCGGCACCUGAGUCUGCUUCAGGAGCGUCUCCUCCAAGACACAACCUGGGAGGAUGGGGCUCCCCGACCCCAUCAGAAUCAUACGGCCACCCCUCGUCCACACUGCCUGAGGAAGAGGAGGAGGAGGAGAACUGCUGUCCUCGCUGCCUGGAGCUAGAGCAGGAGGUGUUGUCUCUGCAGCAGGAGAACGAGGAGCUCCGCAACAAGCUGGAGAACAUCCCAGUUCCCUGUCAAAAUGUUCUCGACUACUUCAAGACUGUUCUCGAGUUCCACAACCAGCUGGCCCAGCCGAUGCCAGAGGAGCAGCUCACAGAGGUGAGGAAGCCGCCGCCUCUUCAUUAUUCAGAGCAGAUGUCAUCAGUAGCAUAUCUUAAGGAAGAAGAGCGGCAAACAGUCUUUGAGGGCAGCAAACAGCUGCUGGAGAACUAUCCGCUCUUCAUCACGAAUAAGCAGUGGGACGAAGCUGUCAACUCCUCUAAGAAAGAUGGCAGACGGCUGCUGCGCUAUCUGAUUCGCUACGUCUUCACCACAGAUGAGCUCAAGUUCUCCUGUGGUUUAGGCAAAAGGAAGCGGUCGGUCCACUCAGGAGAGGCGGGCCUGGAAAGACGACCGCUCAACCCUGUGAAAGUCAGCUGCCUCAGAGAGUUUAUCCGGAUGCACUGUGCCUCAAACCCAGACUGGUGGAUGCCCUCUGAGGAGCAGAUCAACAAAGUGUUCAGCGACGCCGUCGGGCACGCUCGUCAGGGCCGAGCAGUCGGCACCUUCCUGGGCAGCAGUGGCAGCAGCACCAGCAGCCUGUACAUGGACGGCUUCGACGGACAUCUUUCACAGGAUGAACUGUAUUUAAAAAGCUGCCAGAACGGUCAGUCGGAUUGAAGUUCAAGGAGAAAUGAAAGACAAAUGCCUGAAAUGUAGCUGUACAACAACAUAUCCCAAAACUCUGACCUUAUCCUGUCACUUCACACAGUGAAGAAAACAUUCCAGAAGACGUUGAACAUAUAACAGUCCUCCUUUUCAAAUAGUUUUAUAGUUUCCCCAUUUUUAUACCUGAACCCUUUGUUUAGUGAAAAUUGGACUCUUGGUGGUUUUAAAAGAACAGGUUGAGUCUUCCAUGUGCUCCUUUGUUAUAGUUUGAGCAGGUACAUCACUGCCAGUGGAAAGAAGUCACUUCAAGGAGGCUGAUUUUUCUUUUCUUUGUUUGUUUACAAUCUACAUUUAGAGUUCAUAUGGAAGUUAUUUAUGUUAAUGACCCAGUUAGAGACUUCUAUUAUGUACCAUUGACACCACUUAUAAACGUUACCAUGGAAAGUAGCACUUAAUAUAUCUUUUUUGUCACUGGUGAAGCACCUUUACUUGCAGCCCUUCAACAGGAGUGCCUCUGAGAAGAUCGUGUUUUGUUAUUUGUAGUUUUGCACUUUGAAUCUCUUUAUUUUUCCCUCAUGUAAACUGAUCCUGAUGCAUCAAGUUUUAUUUAAUGGAAGGAAAAGUGCAUUUAAAAAGAAAAAAGUUUGUGAAAUGUUUUUGAAUCCAGCCUCCUUUGGCUGGAAAAUGUUCCAAUCAAUGCUGCGUUGCUCCUAAUCUUCAUGUUAGGAAGAAUAUCGCAGAUUAAUCAAAAGCACUAUAUUGGAAAUUGCUAAAAUUCAAAAAGUCAGUUUGGUUUUGACCCAACUUCCAUUUUUUGCUUGUAAGAAUUCCUCACGUCUGCAAAGGACACAUGACAUGAGUUACUGUGUGUAGCAGUGAUAUAAUACUGAUGUUUUUUCCACAUAAUAAACAAAAAUUGCAGAUUUAAGGAAAAAAUGGAAGCCUGGGAAACGUUAAUCAGUCUGUAUCUUUUUAUUUGAAUGUUUUUACAUCAAUGUUUUUUUUCCUUUGCAUUCUGAAAAUUUGGAAUUCAGCUAAAAGAGAAUUUGCAGUAUUUCGCGAGCAUUCCCUUAUUACAGUGUUGCCGUACUCAAAGCGUUUCCUGUCGGCAUUGAUCAAGACAUUUGGUUUAAGGCAGCUGCCAUAUAAUAAUGCCUUAAACUCGUUUGGAGACCACCACAGUGUAAAGUGUUAAAGAUGUGUGUCAGAAAUCCUGUAAUGUGUUUGUGUGUCGUUCUAAAGUUUCUUUAAACGUCAAUCCAAGUGGAAAAAAUGUCGUUUUCCUGCAGCUUCUCCAAUUUGCACCUUUAAGUGUCUUACUGUAGGCAAGGCAAUCCUAAAGUGAGAGGUCCACGUGCAGGAUUCAACCAUUUUUAUUCUUUUGUGCUUAUCUGACGCUCAUUGACUUCACCUCACGACACUGUUUUCUGCGUUUGAAUGUACCAGAUUUCUUAGGUCAGUCGCCAAGUUGACAGUGCUGUGUAAAUGUGUAAUAUAAAGUACAGUUAUUGUGUGAGGUGUCUUUGAAAUACCACUUCUCCCUCUUUAAAAAGCCAAGUAGAAAAGUGCCACAGAAACCUUAAAGCAGUCGGAUUCUGUUGUUGUUGCUGUUCUGGAUGUGAGCGUUGGUUUGUAUUUACUCCUUUACCCUCAAAGUGGCUGUUAUCAACACUGUGAAACAUCAGUUGGGUUUUUACAGAAAUACUUUCUGUUGUUUUUUAUUUAUAAUAAAUAAAAUAA